AGCUCUUGAGGAAGCUGAUGUCGUCUGCUUUUUACUGAAAAAAGGCCUGAAAUAUGUUGCAAUUUGAAUACGUAAAUCCACAGAUUUUCAGGCACAGAUCACCUUUGAUGAAGAAGCAGUUUUAAUAAUCUGGACGAGUUGUGGGAUAACUGAAGAUUCUCAAUGGACGGAACGGAGUUUACUGAUGAAGAUGUCGGCAUUCAGCCUCACUGUGCAGAAGAAUCUCCCUCAUCAUCAAAGUCUGAUAAUCAACAGGGUCACCCGAGUGCUAAAGAUACACAGCUGGAGAGUUUGUUGGAGAAUCUGGGCCUCAAGCAGCACAGAAAAGAGAAGCUAACAGGACAGGAGACGCAGCUGGAGAGUUUGUUGGAGAAUCUGGGCCUGAAGCAUCACAGAAAAGAGAAGUUAUCACUGAGAACGGUUCUUCAGAUAGACAACAACACCAUCACUGAUGAACCUGCAAAGUGUUUGUCAGAUCUUCCAUGGUACUUUCUGAAAAAACUGUUGAUGUUCAGUGUCACAGCGAGGAAUGUAAAAUGUGAAUCAGCAUGCGAGUCAAACUGUGAUGUUCAGUCAAGAAAUACAGAGUUAAAUCUUGAGGAUCUGUACAAUAGUCCAGAAUCUGAUGAUGCGCUAAACCCCCUGGACCUGAUCACCGCUCUGUUUCUGUGCUCAGAUGGUUUUGUUCAGCAGGAAAUGGCCCUCAAAAUGUCCAUGUGUCAGUUCUCAGUUCCUCUGCUGCUUCCUAACUGUGACACAAAUCAGUGCACGCUCAUGCUUUGGGCCAUGAGAGACAUCGUUAAAAAGUACAGACCUCAGUCGCUUUCAGAAUCCAAAGGCUUUAUUGAAGAAAGAAUUGUUCACUCUGAACUUCCAAUAAUAUCUUUUGUCAGACUUGGUGAGUGCUCCAUGUCCAAGUCAGAGAUACUCAAUAAGCUUCUGAGCAAUUCUCAGCAGUACCACGACACCUUUGUUCACCAAAAAAUGGAGUGUGGAGAUGCACCAAGGAGAAUAUCCAAUGGAUUGACUGAAAUUACUUGGUAUCUUCCAUGUGGGAAUGAAAACAUGGAUAUUUUCAGCGAGCCAGUAGCUAUAGCUAACCUCCGCGGGGACAUUGCUUCACUUGAAACACAGUUUUCCUUUUUGUUCCACACAUCUGCAGCGGUUUUUGUGUUCUUUGACAACUUGGACCCAGAAUCCAGCAGACCUCUGCUGAGCCAACACAAGGCAGAGCUGUUUUUGGUGGGGAAUCUACAGAGCAAAAGCUUCUGUCUGGAUGAUUUAAAAAAGGUAUCAACUGAGUUGAGAUUGACCAACAAGAACAUCAUUUUGAAGAGGAAGCAGAUUAAUGAAUCUGACUUUGUGAAACAUUUGAGGAAAUCCAUUCGAGAUAUAGUUGACAAGUCAAAGUUGAAGAUGCAAGUUGAGCAGAUGACUGAUGUUGCUCAUGAACUUGGUAUCUUGGUUGAUGAAGAUUGCCCUGAGUGCCAGACUGCUAAGAAAAAUGCAGAUUCCAUCACUGAAAAAAUACAAGACUGUUUUAAUUACAAAAAAGACCAACUUCCCUUACAAGGACAAAUUUGGAAAGAUUUGACUUCCUUGGAGAAAGAAGAAUGUAGACUUCGAAAGGUUGGUUCCAAAGACAUAGAAAUGUACAAAAGUGAGUUAUUAGAACAGAAAAACAAACUCCGGAAAGAACAAUACUCUUGUGCCAUGUCAGACGCUGUGACGUGUUUCAUCAGUGCCAUUUCAACCUCAGAUACCGAGAGGCGGUUUUUCCUGAAAUGGAUGAGAAUGAAUCUUGAUAACUUAUCUCGAGAAAAACAGUCUGACCUCAGGGAGCAGUACAAAAAGAAAUGCCAGAAUUCUGAGAACAAAGAGGAAAUUAAAGAGAUCAACAGACAACUUUCUGACAGCUCACUGGGGAUUGAACACUUCUUACGUGAAAUGGGGCAAAUCUACGAGGCUGCUGCAUUUCUGUCAGAAAGAGACGCAGCACAUCAGCAAGUGCAGCAUUUACCCAAACUGUGUGCAGAAUUGUUGCUUGAUGGAUUUCCACUUGAGCUUGUAGAUGGAGACGCAUCCAACAUCCCUCUGAGGUGGGUGACUGACAUUCUGUCUGAGCUGGAAAAGCUGGUGUCUCCAAACAACAAGAUGUUGGUCAUCACAGUUCUUGGGGAUCAGAGCACAGGAAAGUCCACUCUUCUGAACACCAUGUUUGGAGUACAGUUUGCUGUCAGCAGUGGUCGAUGCACCAGAGGAGCCUUCAUGUUGCUCAUCAGAAUCAAAGAAAAUGUAAAAAAACUGCUUAACUGUGACUUUAUGGUCAUCAUUGACACCGAGGGUUUAAAGUCAGCAGAACUUUCACAACUAGAAGAAAGCUAUGAGCAUGACAAUGAACUUGCAACAUUUAUUGUGGGAAUGAGCGACAUAACAAUUAUCAAUAUUGCAAUGGAGAAUUCAUCAGAAAUGAAGGACAUUCUGCAGAUAGUUGUGCAUGCGUUCCUCAGGAUGAAAGAGGUCGGCAAAAAGCCCAAGUGUCAGUUUGUUCAUCAGAACGUUUCAGAUGUUUCAGCCCAUGAGAAGAACUUAAGAGACAGGAAACUACUCUUGGAGCAGUUAAACGAGAUGACCCAGGCAGCAGCCAAAAUGGAAAAGAAAGAAGGAAACACAAGCUUCACUGACGUGAUGGAAUACAAUCCAGACACUGGCAACUGGUACAUUCCUGGACUGUGGAAUGGGAACCCACCAAUGGCACCAGUUAAUGCAGGGUACAGUGAGGCAGUCUAUGAGCUGAAGAAAACCAUAAUCCAAACUUUGGGGGGUUGUGAGUCAUCUGCUAAUGAGAUCAGUGAGUUUAAUAAUUGGAUGACCAGCCUGUGGAAUGCAGUAAAGUAUGAAAACUUCAUCUUCAGCUUCAGAAAUAGUCUCAUGGCUGAUGCAUACAUGAAAUUAUGCACAGAAUUUAACAAAUGGGAAUGGGAAUUCAAGAAACACAUGUACACAUGGAUUAAAAAUGCUGAAAUAAAAAUUUUCAACUUUGGAACAGUUGCUUUGAAAUCAGAGAUCUCUGACUUGGGAGCAUUCAUCACAGAACUGAAAACUGAAGCUCUGUCAGAGCUAUCUAAACAGGAGAUGAUUGUUGAUGAAAAUGUGGCAAAGUACUUUGAGCAAAAAGAGGGUCAUGUGUAUCUAGUAGAACGAUAUAAACAGGACUUCUCAAACAGUGUGAAGAGCCUUCGACAAGAAACUGAGAACUCUGUAUUCAAUCAGCUGAGAGAAGCAGCUGAAAUCAAACGAGGAAACACAGAGCUGGACAGAAUCAAAGAAAACCACAGAAGCCAGUUAGAAAGCAGAGUCCUUGCACUGAUUGAGAAAUGUCAGAAGAAAAAUGUCAAGAUGACAGAUGAAGAACUGGAAAAAGAAUUUGAGGAGAUGUGGAGUAAAAUGCUGGAGGAGCUGAUCUUCUCCAAACAAAACAUCAAGGAUGUGUUCAGCAGCGUGACUCACUAUUUGAGAAUGAAUUUGUCACACAGAGGAAGUGCAGCACAACUCUUAGAUCAAAAACCCCUGCGUCAAUGUGGAACAGAGCCUUUCAAAUAUAGAGCUGAAGGAAAUUGGAACAAAUUAACAAAUGCUUGCAGGUCAGUGACUCACCUUAAAGAUUACACAACAAAUUGGAACCAGUUAAAAAAUUUUUACUUGACAGUGACUCGCCUUAAAGAUUACACAAAGGCUGAACAAAAAAUGUCUGACAGAAUUAUUGCUGCUUGUACAGACUUUGUGUCAGAGAAAAAGCAGAAAUGCAGAGAUUACCACGACACGUACAUCCAGGAGAUCCUGAAAAUCAUCGAUGAGAAGCUGGACAAUGAAGAUCUUACCUUCGACAUUGAGUAUGAAGUCUCUCUGAAACAGCACAUCUGUGGAUCUACAGCCAGAGAGUUUCAGAGUUUACAUGAAAAAUUCAUUGAAGAGAACGAUCCUUACAGAUGUCUGACUCAGAAGAAAGACAAGAUUUUUGGUGACUUUAAAGACGUGUUUCAAGAACAAGACCAGUGCCAGAAGAAGGCAGAAGAAUUCACAGAGCACUGCUUGAAGCCUGCAAUUGAAGCUUCGAUCAACACUUCCUUAGGUCAUGAUAUCAUCGAUGAAAUGCUGAAAUGUCCCCAAUUCAGCACCAGGAUGUUUUUCCAGUAUGAAAUUUUACUGGAUUUGCUGAAAAAUGAGAGAUUUCCAGACUAUUUCCUCUUUAUUGACUCAUAUGAGGAGUAUGUAAAGAACUGGAUUCUUGAACAAAUACUGAAUCACUUCUCCAGUAGAAGUAAAACAUCUGAGUUUGAAGAUCGACAUCUUCAGUCACUGAUCAGGAGCAUCAAUGAUUCCAUCAACAAUGCCAAGAAAGAAAACUCUGACAACAUAAAGAAAUUUGUUGAAGAAAUCUGCAAGGAAUUUGGUGAUAAACUGGUGAUUUCCCAGGAUGCACUUGGAGCAUUCAUGAUCUUGAACAAUGCAAACCAGGAACAGUUUGCUCACUGGCUCACUGACUGUGUGAAAAAGAUGGAAGAAAACCUUCAGAAGGAAUUUAAAGAAACAGACUUCCAAAGCAAACUAAGAAGUCUUCAAAUAAAUCCCCAGAAUGAGCUUUUUAAGAGCGUUGUUGGGUGUGGGAAACAGUGUCCUUUCUGUAAAUCACUUUGUGACGCAAGUGGAAAAGACCACACAGAGCACUGGACUUCAAUGCAUCGACCAAGUGGUCUGGGUAACUGUACACAUGAUGACACAAAAAAACUUUGCACUGAAAUGUGUUCUUCUCUUGUCACCAGUAAGAAACAAUUUCACUGCAAAGCAACAAAUUCUAAACUGUACAAUUACAAGUGUUACAAAGAAAUUUUCCCUGAUUGGACAAUUGCAGCAGAUCGCAGCCUCAAGCCAUCAGACUACUGGAAGUACAUCCUGACAAAGUUUAACAAUGACUUUGCAGAAAUUUAUUUGUCAAAUCCUGCUGAUAUUCCUCCAGCGUGGAAAAACAUCACACGUGCCCAAGCAGAAAAAAGCCUCAGAGAGUCACACAACAUUAAGUGAAAGAAUUUCUGAUCCUCCUCACUGACUUUGAGCGUGAACAUCCUUCUCUUCUUCACAUAAUGUAAGAAAAGUUAGGGUUUAAAUGAGCACCAGAGCCACAUGCUGGAUAUAAGGUUGAAUUUAAUUCAAUUUAUUUUUCAUUUAUAUAGUGCCAAAUCGCAACAAAGUUACCUCAAGGUGCUUCACACAAGGAAGGUCUAACCUUACCAACCCCUAGAACAAGCACACAGGCGACAGGGGUAAUGAAAAAUUCCCUCUUACCAUUUGAGGAAGAAACCUCAAGCAGACUAGGCUCAAAGGGGUGACCUUCUGCUUGGGCCAUGCUACCGGCACAAUUUACAAUAUGAAUAUACAGGAAAUUUUGGAAAAUUUUGGGAGUCCACGGUUAAAGGUUUGGCAAGGCCUUGAGAUUCUUUAACAGUGUUUAAGAGAGAAAGAGAAAUAAAAAUAGAAAAAAUUUUGUCUUAAUGUGAAUUACCUUUUAUUUUUGGUCACUUUUUGGAAACUGACUGACUUUACAUUUUUUUGGAACACAGUAUUGUAGCGAUCUCUGUAGCAGUAGUUUAAGACUGUGAAUUGUUGUGCUACAAUGCAUUAUUGGAGUUUGGGGUUUUGUUUUUUUGAGAAAUGUUCUUGUGGUUCGUGUUGAUUUCACAUUGUUGUUAGUGUUAUAGAUAUGUUGUAUUUUUGUAGUUCAAGUAGGUUUGUCGGUUUAGCUGCUUCAGAGUUAUGCUGUGACCAUGAGUAAAAAGUGCCUUGCCUUUGAUGUCUUCUACCACAGUCUGUGUUGUUGUGUGUGAAAAAAAUAAAUAGCACCUCCUUGCGGCAGAGUGCAUAAAGAUAAAAGCUCUGGCUUGUUCUUCGUUCUUCCACACAGCUCGCCACAUUGGUGUCAGAAAUGGGAUACAGCCUUUGGAAGAAUGGAGAGACAAAUUAACAAGCUUGAGCAAGCCAUAAAGCAGAGCAUGUCCUUUCUGCAGGACUUGGAGUGGCAGAAAAAAGAGCGUAGCAGAGAAGAACAUGAUACGCCAAGGCUACAUCAGCCUCUGGAGGCUGGGAGGAUCAGUGCAGCCAAAGCCAUGCUCCCUGCUGCUGAUGCUCUUGAUGGCUCUCGCGCGCAGCACUCUAGUUGCCCCCUGUCGAUGGAGAGGGGUACUGCCGCCAAUACCAUGACAGCUGCUGAUCACAGUUGAACAGAGGUUGCCACUUACACUGCAGACGAGCCUCUCAUGUCGAUGACCAUGGUAAGCUGGCCACAACCUGUGGUAGUGCCGAAGUCACCAGUCAAACUGCCCAAAUACAAUGGGGCAACACCGCCGUCGUCACACCUCUCCCAAGUCCAGCUAGCAGUGCUGCUCAAUAGCUGGAGUGAUGAUGAAGCUGCCACUCAUCUGACUGUAGCUUUGGAAGGAAAGGCGACCUAAGUGCUCUUUGACCUCACCCCAGAAGAACAGCAAGACCUCCACAACGUGACCAUAGCUCUGCAGAGGUGUUUUGGGCAGUUAUAUUCCAUUGACCACAGCAGAGAGCAGCUGGCCAGUCGCCACCAGCAGGAGGGGAAAGUCUGGGCACCUUCACAGCUGACGUGCAGCUGUAUGCCCAACAAGGUUACUCCCACUUCGAUGCAGCUGCCCAAGAGGAGCUGGCACUCCAUGCCUUCCUAUAGGGGCCCCCAUCUGAAAGGUUGCAGGAGCAUGUCCGCCUGGCUAUGACUCAGUCCCUUGCCGAGGUGCUGCAUGAAGCUGAAUGGGCUGAGGUUAUACUCUCCACCCAACCUACACGACCAAGGGCGUCUGUUCCAUGACCACUUGUCAGAAUGACCGAUUACAAUGAAAUGGAGGAGCCUGAAGGGGUCAUGCUACCACCACUGCAGUUCCAGGGGGGCCUCCACGUUCCCAGUGGCUGGGCCAUUCAGCUGAUCCCUGCUACCGAUAUGAUGAGCCUGGUCCCACUGCACGAAACUACGCAGCCCCUGCCUCAAAAGCAAAGGUGGUGGACAACUACUGCGGAGUGGCCCAGUGAGGGGACCCCCACUCCACCCUCCAUCCCCUCUCCAAGGGAGAUACACACUGGUGGCUGUUGUGGACACUCCAAGGGACUGUACCUGAACUGCCAACUGGAGGGUCAAAUCUGCCAGGCCUUGAUAUGCAUGCGGUCCACCAUUUCCGUGGUGAGACUGGGCACCCUCCCUUAAACCGCUAACCUGCUUUCAAUGGUUUGGACCCCACCAACACCCAGGGUAACUGGAUAAAGAGUUACCAUGGGUGGAAGGAGACUGCUGACAGUCCGAGCUGGACACCAGGAUGGAUUGCAUGCGUUUUGACUUUCCAACAUCCAGGAGCCGUGUAUCAUCGGCCUGGACUUGCUGAGCCAAUGGGGAGCCCAGGUUGAAGUGCUGGGGAAGACUGACACCCUUGGAGUGUAGACUGUGGAGCCCGAUUUUGGGUGGAGGGGGGAGAACUGACCAAAGAGGUGCCAUCAGUCAUCAGCAGCCUAGCAGGUGCCAAGACCCCAUGCCCCAACAAUUGAUACCAGCAGCAUGGCACAGCUACGGCCUGCCCCAGCACCACCCACAAAGCCAACAGUCACUGCAUCUGCUGAAACAACCAAGGCUAUACACCAGCUAUGGCAAUUCAGCAGUGACGGCCUUGACCCCAGCAGCGCCACCAGCAGAAAUGUUUCUGUGUAGGCUCUCAGUUGUCCAGGUGGUUUCCAUAGUAGAGAAGCUUGAAUCUUCGACUGGACUGAGUUGCUUGACGCGAGGACGUUUCGCUUCAAAUCGCAGAAGCUUCCUCAGCUAAAAUUCUUGCUCUGGAAGUCUGACUUCUGUCUGACUCUUGUAGAGAAGAAUAAAACAGAAGCCAACAAAAGCUGAUGAUGUUUGGUGCCCCACUGGAACCCGAGAUUGUUGGGGGAAAAAGAUGGACUACUUUCACAAACUGAUGGAGCAUCUGCAUGUGGCGCAUGACUACACCUGCCAAGUUCAAGCAAACUCUGGUGUCUGGCAGAUGAGGGCCAAUGACACCCGUUGCAGAGGGUGGGCCUUCGCACCAGGAAAAAGGUGUGGGUGUAAUGUCCUGUUUUUAAAAAGGGGAUGUCAUCAAGCUUUGCAGCAACUGGCAGGGACCUGGUGAGGUGGUGGACCGCUUGUCUGAAGUGGUGUACCGGGUACGGAUGCCCUGCAAAGGUCACAUGCUCUCCGCACGGCCCUCUUGCACCACUUGCCGCUUAUAAGAAGGGUGAUGGCGGCACCCUAUGUCUCAAUCUAUGUGACUCCCCUCCUGGCAUGGCUCCUGACAGACCUAGCCGGCCUGCUUGCUGCCUGCAGUGGUCUGGACACUUGCAAGAUUUUGUGUUGGGAGAUGGGGUCACAGAGGACAACUGACCCCUCAGGGGGGGCUAUGUAGUGAUCACUGGGCCGGUCGCUAAGACUGUGAAUUGUUGUGCUGCAAUGCAUUUGGGUUUUUUAUUUUGAGUCUUGUUAUUGUGGUUCAUGUUGGUUGAGCAGUGUUGUUUGUGUUAUAGAUUUGUUGUGUUUUUGUAGUUAAAGUAGUUUGUCAGUUAAGUUAAAAGUUAUGUUGUUAUCAUGAGUAAAAAGUGCCUUGCUUUUAACAUCUUCUGCCACCAUCUGUGUUGUGUGUGAAAAAUAAAUAGCACCUCCUUGCGGCACAGUGCAUUAAGACAACAGCACUGGCUCAUUCUUCGUUCUUCCACGCAGCUCGCCACAGUAUUCAUAUAACAGUACUUAAAAAGAAAAUGAAAUGUCAACGUGUUGAUGAAGAGAUAAAUUUUUGUCUCACCACAUGAAAUCAUUUUAUCUGCCACAUUUAUGUCAUGUGAAAUUGUCAUUAUUCUCCAAAUAUUCAUCCUCUACAUUUAAUGUUACUUUAAAAUGAUUUGGCUGUUUAUUUGUUGAAUAAAAAGGCAGAAGCAGCUCACUGGCUAUGAAUGUCUUUAAUGUUUCCCAGAUCAGAAUCACAGCAUACAGUGUAUAAUAACUUCUCAAAUAAACAGAAACAUCCUCAGCUCAUUUAUUUAUAGAAUUUUACUUUACUUUUAACCAUAAUGUUUUUUAAAAUUGUUUUGAUUUUUAAAUUUUUCUUUAUUCCAAGUCUCAGUUUU